AUUCUAUAAGAGAGGUUCUGAUAAACUCUCCCCCACCUGUUCUCCACCAGCCCCGGAGGUCGACACGUGCGCCACACCAUAGGGCAGGGCCCAGGGAGCCCGGCGACCUCCAUCUCCAUGGCCGAGUGCGAGGAGCUGGUGGAGAGCGGCGGCGCCGAGGAGGACAUGCCCCGCGUCGUGGCCGCCCUCGCCGGCAUCCUGGAGCGCGUCGCGAACCGCAACGACGCGGCGGCGGCCGCGGAGGUCUCGGCCGUAGCCCCGGCGUCGGCGUUCCGGGCGACGACGAAGCCGGGCAUCUCGGUGCGCGCCUACAUGGCGCGCAUCGCGCGGUUCGCUGGGUGCAGCCCCGCGUGCUACGUCGUGGCCUACGUCUACCUGGACCGCCUCCUGCGCCGCGGCCGCCUCCUGGCGCUCGCCGUCGACUCCUACAGCGUGCACCGCCUCCUCAUUACCGCCGUGCUCGCCGCCGUCAAGUUCAUGGACGACAUAUGCUACAACAACGCCUACUUCGCCAAGGUCGGGGGCAUCAGCCUGGUGGAGAUGAACUACCUGGAGGUGGACUUCCUGUUCGGCGUCGGCUUCGACCUCAACGUGGCGCCGGAGACGUUCGGCGACUACUGCGCCGUGCUGCGGUCGGAGCUACUGUGCGCGGAGGCUGCCCCCGCGCCACUCAGGCUGCAGCACUGCUGCCUGUCCGAGGAUGACGCCGGGGCCGGAUGCAGCGCCCAGCAGCAGCUCGCUGCAUGAAUGAAAGAAACCUAAGCCCAUCGAUCGACGACUCAUCCGGUGGCUUGGGCGCAGGAGUUGUAAGCCGGUGCAAAUUUUUCCAAAUUAUUAGAUGUUUUGUCUUUUCUAGAUUAUAAAGCUUUCGAUAUAUACACACAUCUAUAUAUACAGUGUGUCUAGAGGUGUAGUGGUGGUGUAGGUCGUCGUCGGUUGUACCAGCUGCUACAGUAGAUUGUGUAUACAGUGCUGGUGUCUUUGGUGACUUUCUGAA